AUGGCUUGGCUUGCCCUCUACUUUAUUCUCAACUUGGCAUUGACUUUAUACAACAAGAUUAUUUUGUCACUCUUUCAAUUCCCAUUUCCCUGGACCUUGACCGCCAUCCAUACCCUGUGUGGAGCCAUCGGCUCAUACUUGUUUUGGUCCUGGGGAAUCUUCACUCCCGCUAAACUUGGUGAACGGGAAAACAUGGUUAUGCUCAUGUUUUCUGUCCUCUACACUAUCAAUAUCGCCAUCAGCAACGUAUCCUUAAACUUGGUGACAGUUCCCUUUCACCAAGUAGUUAGAGCUAUGACUCCGGUCUUCACCAUCAUUUUGUCCGUUUCCUUCUUACAAAAGAAGUACUCCGGAAUGACCUAUCUUUCCCUACUUCCGGUUGUGGCUGGUGUUGCCUUUGCAACGUUUGGAGAUUACGAUUAUACAGCUAUGGGUUUCUUUUUAACUGUGCUUGGUACGGUUCUUGCUGCUGUCAAGACCGUUGUCACCAACCGUGUUCAAGUGGGUCGCCUGAAGCUUCACCCACUCGAUCUGUUGUUGCGCAUGUCUCCUUUGGCGUUUCUUCAAACCCUAGUCUAUUCUUAUGUCACCGGAGAAAUGGCUCAAGUUCAAGCUUUUGUGAGCACUAGCUUUUCAUGGAAUUUGUUUUUUGCUCUGGUUGCAAACGGUAUCAUUGCCUUCUUCUUGAAUGUUGUUUCUUUCACUGCCAACAAGAAAACCAGUGCUUUGACCAUGACCGUUGCUGGUAAUGUGAAACAAGUUCUCUCCAUUAUCCUUGCCGUCAUUAUCUUCAAGCUUAAUAUUACCCUAACCAACGCUGCCGGAAUCAUGUUGACCCUAAUCGGCGGUGUUUGGUAUACUAAUGUGGAAAUGGCAGAAAGGGCCAAACGGGAGAAGUCGUCGUUAUCCAACGACUCAUUGUUGGGCACAUCCGUCUCACCUGACGAGAUGGUCAGUAUCAAGACGCAGCGGUAA